AUGUCUAGCUUGUAUAACAAGGAGCAAGAGUUCCGCGCAUGGCUUGUGGAAGAGCGGAAGAUCAACCCGGAGACGAUUUCGAAAGACCAGACGAAGAAAGAAUUUGCCCGGUUCGUGGAAGACUACAACACUGCUACGCUCCCGCACGAGAAGUUCUACAAUAUGGACGACUAUGAGCGGCGCAUGUCCGCGCUUCGCGCCGGCGAGUACGUCCCACCAUCAGACGACCUGUACGACCCUACGGCGGACAUGCGCGCGCACGCGAGCAACCACAAGCGGCGCGCAGUCGAGCACGACUCGUACAUGAAUAAGGAGCAGCUGAUGGAGCUCCGCAAAGUCCAGAAUGAGCGGAUCCAGGCGGCUAAAAUGAAGCAGCUGGGUAUGGAUGUCAAGCAGAAUAUGGGAGUUCGGAUGGACGGGACCAUGUUCGAUGGCUAA